AUGUUGAGAAAUAUCAACAAACCGCGUCUUUGCAACGGCACAAGGUUAGCGAUAAAAACAUUAUUGAACAAGGUGAUAGAAGCAACUAUACUGAAAGGAAAGUAUAAAGGAGAAGAAGUUUUCAUACCACGCAUCCCAAUGAUUCCGACUGAUAUACUAUUUGAAUUUAAACGACUACAGUUUUCAGUGCGGCUUGCUUUUGCUAUGGCCAUAAAUAGGUGUUUGUGGUAUUAAUCUAGAAAACCCAUGUUUUUCACAUGGUCAAUUUUAUGUUGCCUGUUCCCGUGUUGGAAAACCAUCAGAUUUGUUUGUAUAUUCACC